GCACAGGACUGUCCAACCAAACCGUCACGGAUUUCUGCCACUCCUUCGCUGCAUGUGCUCUGCUCUGGGCCCCGCCACCACCACCACCACCACCAUCGGCCUCGCUCGUCGUCAUCAAUCAAUCAUCUCCUUCUCUUCUCCUUCUUCUCCUUCUUGCAACUUUGCCCUCUGUCGUUCGACCCACGGAAAAAAAAAAGAGAGAUGGCCGCAGCAGUGGGGAACGAUCGCGCCUGUUGCAAGAAGGGGCCCGGCUACGCCACCCCGUUGGAGGCCAUGUCUGGCCCCAGAGAGGCUCUCAUCUAUGUCACCUGCGUCUAUUCAGGUACCGGAAUAGAGAAACCAGAUUAUUUGGCUACAGUCGAUGUGGACCCAAGCUCGCCUAGUUACUCGAAAGUCAUCCACAGGCUGCCUGUCCCAUACCUAAACGAUGAAUUGCACCAUUCUGGUUGGAAUGCAUGCAGCUCUUGCCAUGGAGAUCCUUCCGCUGACAGGCGAUUCCUGAUCCUCCCAUCGCUCAUCUCUGGUCGUAUUUAUGUGAUCGAUACGAAGACCGACCCGAGGGCUCCAUCUCUCCACAAAGUUGUUCAGCCUUCGGAUAUUGUUCAGAAGACAGGACUGGCAUAUCCCCACACUUCCCAUUGUCUUGCCUCUGGUGAUAUAAUGAUCUCCUGCCUCGGGGAUAAAGAUGGAAAGGCUGAAGGGAAUGGCUUUCUUCUCCUUGACUCUGAUUUCAAUGUGAAAGGAAGGUGGGAGAAAUCUGGGCACAGCCCACUGUUUGGCUAUGAUUUCUGGUACCAACCUCGAUACAAGACAAUGAUCAGCUCCUCGUGGGGUGCCCCUGCUGCUUUCACCAAAGGAUUUAAUCUUCAGCACAUAUCAGAUGGUCUAUACGGUAGGCAUUUGUUCGUGUAUGCCUGGCCCGAUGGUGAACUGAAGCAAACAAUGGAUCUUGGCAGUACAGGGCUUCUACCUCUCGAGAUAAGGUUCCUGCAUGAUCCAUCCAAAGCCAUGGGAUUUGUUGGGUGUGCAUUAACCAGCAAUAUGGUGCGGUUCUUCAAGAAUGACGAUGACUCAUGGGGCCACGAGGUGGCAAUAUCUGUCAAGCCACUGAAAGUGCAGAACUGGAUCCUCCCUGAAAUGCCUGGGCUUAUAACUGAUUUUCUGAUAUCGCUCGAUGAUCGAUUUCUGUACUUUGUGAACUGGCUUCACGGGGACGUGAGGCAGUAUAACAUUGAGGACUCCAAAAAUCCCGUGCUGACUGGACAAGUGUGGGUCGGGGGACAGAUUCAGAAAGGGAGCAAAGUCUUGGCCGAGGGAGAAGAUGGAAAGACACGGCAGUUUGAUGUCCCUGAGAUCAAGGGAAAUCGUCUGAGAGGAGGGCCCCAGAUGAUCCAGCUUAGCUUAGACGGGAAGCGUCUCUAUGUUACCAACUCGCUCUACAGCACCUGGGACCACCAGUUCUACCCCGAGCUCGUGAAGAAGGGUUCCCACAUGUUGCAGAUUGACGUGGACACAGAGAAGGGCGGUCUUGCAAUAAACUCGAAUUUCUUUGUGGACUUUGCAGCUGAGCCUGAUGGCCCAUCCCUGGCCCACGAGAUGAGGUAUCCUGGCGGAGAUUGCACCUCCGACAUAUGGGUCUAAGAAGCAUGUAACAUAUGCUCGCACAACUAAAUAAAUUAUCGAUGUUGUAGUUUGUUUCAUCGCUGAAAGUUAUGAGCAGUCUUCUACGUAGACUACAGUUAAUGUAGUGCUUGUAAUUGCUUGACGGAAUAAAUGAGUCUACGGGUUAAUAUAUAGAAAUCUUCCAGAUUGAAUCUGAAUC